UGCGCAGCGUGAGAAGCUGACACUUCCGGUUGCAGACACCUGUAGAAUUCACAUAAAAUAUGAAAUAAACUCUUAUAAUUGCCAUUAACAAGGUCAUAUCGAGAAGAAAAUGUUUAAAAAUUUAAGAAAAAAGCUUGAGCAAGGUGUCAACCAAAGUCCUUUGAAAGGAGCGUUAGCAUCUGCCUCAAAGCUAUUAGAUGAAAAACAACCUGAAACUUCUCCAUUAGCAGAGAGUACUCCCAAAAAGCCAGGGGCUGCCAAUGAUGAUGGGAACCAGUCCAAUGCCUCUGAUGUCUCGGGGUAUGCAACAGCUAACCAGUCAAUGGAAGAAAGUCCAGCCACAAUACCUGUUGGUCAGCUGAUAGAUAUUCCACUACAGGACACAAGUAGUGAGUCUUCCGCCUCAAACCUUCCUGGUGAUCUUACACCCCAAGCUUCACGUUCACGAACAUCGUCCAUCAGUUCCAUGACAAGUGACAGCUCAUUCUUCACAAAUGUUAGCUUUCCCCAGCAUCACUACUCUCUCCCAUCGGACAUGGAGUCCGAAAUGGACGAGUCAGGGACAGAUCUUAACACAGUCAGCAAAGAAGAUCUUUAUCAUUAUAUACAGAAAUAUCAGAAGAGGGCCACCAGAUACAAAUCCAAAUUUAUGGAGCUUGUCACAGUAUAUAAAGAUAUGGUUCAGGAACGAGACAAAUUUAAAAACACACUAACACAAUCUCAGGACCGGGCUUUCCGUCGUAUAUCAGAGUUGAAGGAACAGAUACAACUAGAUCAAAAAGCCAAAAAAGAUCUGGAAGAAAAUUAUACAUUUGUCAUUGAAGAAAAACAGGAAUUUAUCAAGGUUUUGCAAAAACAAGUUCUGUUGUUAAAAGAAGGCAAGGAUAUUCCACCAGAUUUACAAGAACAGAUUCAAGCUGGUAAAGAGGCAACUCAGAGUGAAUCUGAGCAGAUAGCGGCACUGCAAGCCGAACUCAAUUCUCAUAAAGACAAGCUGAAACAUCAAGAUAGUUUACUACAGCGGUGUAAGGAGAUAAUUAAAUCAAGUAAGGAUAAAUAUUCGCAGUUAUCAGAGGAGAAAAUAGAAGUGGAAAAACAGCUUGAAGAUACAAACAUGGAACUCGUUAAAUUAAAGGGAAGUGCUUCCCCAGACACUGUAUCAAAACUUCAGAACCAGAUAAAACAGGCUAGACAGGUGAUAGAACAACUUGAGACAGAUAGAGAGAUUGCCAUUGCUGAGGUAAAGCAGCGAGUUCAUGAAGAGAUGGAGAGAAAGGAUCAAGAAGUGUCAGAAAUCCGUGCACAGACUCAGGGUAUGGUAGAGGAAAAUAAGAAUCUGAAGGAAAAGAUAGAAAAACUCGAACAAGCAUCUUCUGAUCAGCUAGAAAAGUCAAGGGAGAUAAUUAAGAGAUUGAAGGAUGACAGGAAGAGGUUGAUAGAUGAGUAUGAGGAGAAGUUGCGUGGUAGAGAGGACCAGAUGGAGACAGAGAAAGAAAAGUUGGUUCAGGAAAUUUCUCGUGGCAAAUCAGCUGCUAUAACCCUGAUGCAGGAACAAGCCAAUAAACAGAAUGAAGAGAAAGUUAAUGAAGCCCUGAUUGAAAGAGAUGAAGUCUGGCAGAAAAAAAUGUCUGAUCAAGAGAUGGCACAUCAAGAAAUUGUUGUAACAAAGGAAAGAGAACUUCAGCAGUUGCAAGCCAGGUUUGAUGAAACCGUUGAAAAACUGAAAAAUGAGAAAGAAUUAUAUAUCAAGUCUGUACAAGAUGAAACAAGGAGCAAAUUACAGGAGAAGGAGCAGGAGAUGCAGUUAGCAAUGGAAGAGAGAGACCUUACAACAAAAUGGCCACUCGUGUACACAGCAAGACACCCUGAGAGCACGAACUAA